CACUGGGGCUGGGGCUUCAGGGGAAAGGCGCUGUUAUGAGGAGGGGACGUGUGAGCUUGGAUAUUUUCCAAGAAAACUGAGGACAGGUGGGGGAUGAUGUAGGAGCCGCCGCACAGUGCAGUUCCCAAUUUGGACCCCUCCCCAAGACCCCACCCCACGCACCCCCACUCAGGGCUGCUUCUGAGCCUGCGGUUGUCAUGGCAACCCGUACCCGGCUCUCCCAGGGGCGGUGCCAACCGUGCUCCCCCCCACCACUUCCUCCCCCCCUCCUUGUCCCUCCCUCCUUUGUGUCAGCUGCGCCCCUGACCGGGAUGGCUGCGAAGAGAGGGACCAAGACCAGCAUGAAGAACAUGGAGAAGGAACUGCUGUGCCCAGUGUGUCAAGAGAUGUACAAGCAGCCGCUGGUGCUGCCCUGUACCCACAAUGUGUGCCAGGCCUGUGCCCGGGAGGUCUUGGGCCAGCAGGGCUACAUAGGACAUGGCGGGGACCCCAGCUCCGAGCCCACCUCUCCUGCCUCCACCCCUUCCACACGCAGCCCCCGCCUCUCCCGCAGAACUCUCCCCAAGCCAGACCGCCUGGACCGGCUGCUUAAGUCAGGCUUUGGGACAUACCCUGGGAGGAAGCGAGGUGCUUUGCACCCCCAGGUGAUCAUGUUCCCGUGCCCAGCCUGCCAAGGUGAUGUGGAGCUUGGGGAGCGGGGCCUGGCAGGGCUUUUCAGGAACCUGACCCUGGAGCGUGUGGUGGAGCGGUACCGCCAGAGUGUGAGUGUGGGAGGUGCCAUCCUGUGCCAGUUGUGCAAGCCCCCACCACUAGAGGCCACCAAGGGCUGCACAGAGUGCCGCGCCACCUUCUGCAAUGAGUGCUUCAAGCUCUUCCACCCCUGGGGCACCCAGAAGGCCCAGCAUGAGCCCACCCUGCCCACCCUCUCCUUCCGCCCCAAGGGUCUUAUGUGCCCAGACCACAAGGAAGAGGUGACCCACUACUGCAAGACAUGCCAACGGCUGGUAUGUCAACUCUGCCGGGUGAGGCGCACCCACAGUGGGCACAAGAUCACACCAGUGCUCAGUGCCUACCAGGCCCUCAAGGACAAGCUGACAAAGAGCCUGACAUACAUCCUGGGAAACCAGGACACGGUACAGACCCAGAUCUGUGAGCUGGAGGAGGCUGUGAGGCACACCGAGGUGAGUGGUCAGCAGGCCAAGGAGGAGGUGUCACAGCUGGUGCGGGGGCUGGGGGCUGUGCUGGAGGAGAAGCGGGCAUCACUGCUUCAGGCCAUUGAAGAAUGCCAGCAGGAGCGGCUGGCCCGUCUCAGCGCCCAGAUCCAGGAGCACCGGAGCCUGCUGGAUGGCUCGGGUCUGGUGGGCUAUGCCCAGGAAGUACUUAAGGAAACAGACCAGCCUUGCUUUGUGCAAGCCGCCAAGCAGCUGCACAACAGGAUUGCCCGAGCCACUGAGGCCCUCCAGACAUUCCGGCCAGCCGCCAGCUCCUCCUUCCGCCAUUGCCAGCUCGACGUGGGGCGUGAAAUGAAGCUGCUGACAGAGCUUAACUUCCUGCGAGCGCCUGAGGCCCCCGUCAUUGACACCCAGCGCACCUUUGCCUAUGAUCAGAUCUUCCUGUGCUGGCGCCUGCCCCCCCACUCACCACCUGCCUGGCACUAUACUGUCGAGUUCCGGCGCACGGAUGUGCCCGCCCAGCCGGGCCCCGCUCGCUGGCAGCGGCGGGAGGAGGUGAGGGGCACCAGUGCCCUGCUUGAGAACCCCGACACCGGCUCUGUGUAUGUGCUGCGCGUCCGUGGCUGCAACAAGGCUGGCUACGGUGAAUACAGUGAAGACGUGCACCUGCACACGCCCCCAGCACCUGUCCUGCACUUCUUCCUCGAUGGCCGCUGGGGUGCAAGCCGAGAGCGGCUGGCCAUCAGCAAGGACCAGAGAGCAGUACGGAGUGUUCCAGGGCUGCCCCUGCUGCUGGCUGCUGACCGGCUGCUGACUGGCUGCCACCUGAGCGUGGACGUGGUCCUGGGCGACGUGGCUGUGACUCAGGGCCGCAGCUACUGGGCCUGUGCUGUAGACCCAGCCUCCUACUUGGUCAAGGUGGGCGUCGGGCUCGAGAGCAAGCUUCAAGAAAGCUUCCAGGGUGCCCCCGAUGUGAUCAGCCCCAGGUACGACCCGGACAGCGGGCACGACAGCGGUGCCGAGGAUGCCACAGUGGAGGCGUCGCCGCCCUUCGCUUUCCUAACCAUCGGCAUGGGCAAGAUCCUGCUGGGGUCGGGGGCGAGCUCAAACACCGGGCUGACGGGGAGGGACGGCCCCACAGCCGGCUGCACAGUGCCCCUGCCGCCCCGCCUGGGCAUCUGCCUGGACUACGAACGGGGCCGGGUUUCCUUCCUGGAUGCCGUGUCCUUCCGUGGGCUCUUGGAGUGCCCCCUGGACUGCUCAGGGCCUGUGUGCCCUGCCUUUUGCUUCAUCGGCGGUGGCGCAGUACAGCUACAGGAGCCAGUGGGUACUAAGCCUGAGAGGAAAGUCACCAUUGGGGGCUUUGCCAAGCUGGACUGAGCCUUCCAGGCCCCUCAUGCAGACCUGGGGUCCUCCUGGGCCCUGGCCCCCAAACCUCUUUGCCCAGGUUGUUCCCCCCAAACUCUUCCUACAAUGCGGCCCUGCCCCUUCCCCUGUGUCUAUGUCUUCCCAGGGUUUUCUCUUGACCCAGGGGCUCUCCUCUGCCCACCUCUCUGGAUGGCUCCCAUUCUCUCCAUUGCCUGUUAGCCAAGCCCCCACCCCCACUGCGUCUGCCCCAUGCCCUGCCUUUGGCAUCUCACCCAAGCCAUGGAGAGAGCCCCUUCUCCAUCCCUGUCCUGUGCCCCCAGGCUGAUUGGGAGGGAGGGCCCCUGAACACUGGGCAUGAUCUCCCGCUCCCUGCCCUGUUGAUGCUGAACUGCAGCCUUGGGACAGGCAGGCUUUUGGGCUGGAUGCUGUCCAGGCACUCCUGGUGAGGGGAAGGGGACCCUGUCAUCCUGCUUUAUUUAUUUGGGUCCUGACACCCCACAGCCGCAUGCCCCUUAAGUCCCUCUUCUCUCUCUCUUGCAUGCUUUACCUGUCCUGCACCCAUGCCAACGUGCCAAGUCUCCCUUGGGGACCCAGCUGAGUCUGGGUGUUCCCAUAGGGUUGGGCCAGGCAAGGCUUCUGGUGCCUGCUGCCAUCCCCCUGCAGUGGGCUCUGCUAGGCCUGUGCCAAGCAACAGCUGUUAUUUUCAUGGUUUAUAAACAAUAAACUGUGAUGCCAGGCACAUCUCUGCCUCCCCUGAG